AUGGAAAUCGACGACUGUAUCCGUGAGAAUAUUCCGUGGUCCAACUUGUCGGCGGACAUCAAGGUGAUUCUGGGCAAUUCGUCGAAAGAAUACGAGAAGCGAGUGGUGGAGUAUUCGAUUCAGAAUCAGCUCAGAUACAAAGGAAACAUAGGUACGACUCCUGUUUCUGAUACUUUUGCAUUGUUUUGUUCUUCCAGUUCGGCACAUGAAAAAGAGCGAAGAAGCGUAUUAUGAUCAACUUCUGCGUUUUUCUGAAUCGCAUCUCAUGCUCUUCCCCUACCACCUUUCCGACAUCAUCGUCACUGAGCUCCGGAUAUCUCCCUUCAGCUACUAUGUCAAUAUUCUAUCGGUAUAACUCUCGCCUCUAGACUCUUGCAAAAUAGCAAUUCUUACAGGAAAUGCUGAACACAGAAAAGUCCUACGAUUCUCUGCCAAACUUCACAGCUGCUGACGCUGUUCGAUUACUUGGUAUUGGAAGGAAUCAGUACAUUGAACUGAUGAACCAGACGAGAUCAAAUCGGAAAUUCUUGCGGCGGAGCAAGACAGCCAAAGAGUUAUUGCCACAGAAACCGACGAAGAUGACCAUUGAAUCGUGGUGGAUGACGAACGCCGGCUCGAUCCUGGAAUCAGACAUCAAGACCUUGUCGGGAGACGAGAAGCAGGUCAUUGAUCAGCUGUUGGACAAUGGAGCAGUUGCGGCGGGCCUUCUGAAGCACUCCGUGGUCACUUCCCUCUACGAUCGGGGUCUAAUUUAUUUUGAUGUUCCCGUCGAUCCAAAUGACCACAUUUACGUGGCUCCGUUGGACGGAUUCGUCAUGAAUCGAGUGUUGGGCGACUAUUUCGAAACUUUGUUGUACAAAAUAUUCGUGGCAAUCGAUGAUCAGACAACUGUUCUCGAAGUAAGUUAUUAUAUGCUUCUUUCCAAAAUUGCCUUCGCGCUCAGAUGUCUCAAGUGCUUCACAUCCCUCUGGAUCUUGUCAAGAACGCCAUCUCGCUGUUCUGUCGCCUCGGAUUCGCCAAGAAGAGAGUGACGGGAGCAGAGAAUCUAACAAUUCACACUUCGUGGAAUAUCCCUUCGGCAGUCUCUUCCCCAAUGUCACCCGUUUCUCCUAUGUCGUACGUCUCAAAUUUUGAAUUGUGAAAACUGAAUAGGUUGAUUCAGGAGCAUGAUCACGAGCACUUCUGAAGAACUGAACGAGCUAACAAAAACUCUACUAAGAGGCGACGAUGACGAAGCCGACGAAGCAUCUUCUCCUGUCUCCGAAGACCACGCUCUACGUGGAUCCUCCCCGAACCCGUCUCUGAAUAACUCUGUGGAGUCGUUCCAAUCGUUGACGGCUUCUCAGAAUGCUUCCGACGUGGGAACUGUCAACCGGACGGGAUUCAUCUUCGACUCGACUCUCCCCGCAUUCCUCAUGAUGGGAAACCUCUCAUCAUCUCUGAAAGGACACGCCGUCGCUCUUUUUGAAGUGGGAAAGCUGGCCGACGAGCAAAUGAAGGAGUUUUUGGAGCAACUCGAAAGCGUGAAUCAGUUUGCCGAAGGAGAUGCUCAGAGAUACUCGAUGCAUGCGACGGCUCUGCUCGAUUCUCUAAAAAGUUUGCGAAGAGAACGGGAAGCAGAUCUGGUCAGGGGAGAGAGUCUGUUCACACUAGACGAAAAGAUCCGACAGAGGGUCUUAGCGAAAAGCUACGGGUGAGUUAAUAUUUAGCAACUGCCAGACUAACUAUUCCACACUUUUCAGAAUCCUCGUCGCUAUGGCUCCACUUUCAAUUGAAGCAUGUGCCAUUCCGGUUUCCUCCGUCCCAUUCAUCGGUCCUCCAAACGCGGAGACGUGCUCUCCGUGGUUCCGUCUGGCAAUCUACUCUGCGUGCAGAAGCGGUCCUCCAAGUGUAUUCCAGCCGCAUGGAUCCCGUCUCACCAGUCUUCCACGUGUACUCCAGAAGCAAAUCGGCUCGAAGCACUGCAGAGUUCUCGUCUCCAGCGUCAAACAGGAACCACACAUCACAAGUGCUCAAAAUGCUCUUUUCGCUCUGAAUGACAUGCUCUCCUACUCAUCAAUUUUUGUACAGUCCUAUCCGCCGGAUAGCAACGAUACGGACAAGUUGGCGCACGUGCCGUUCCCGUUCAGCAAAGACGAACUGGAAUGCGAACAGUCGUUCUGCAAUCACCCGGCCGUUCGGAAGCUCCGUGAACUGCUGGGACUAGACAACAUGGCUGGAUACGUGAUUCUGAUGAAGAGGAAUGUCGAAUUGGACAGUGCGGCCGUUUCGGAUAUCAGUGGGAGGACGAAAACCGAAGGAAAUAUCAUGCAAGAUGUGGCGGUGACGGAGGAUGGAUCCUUACUGACGUCAGUUGUUGCACAGUUCCGACCUAAUUUCACUAGACGUUAUUUGCAGAAAGUUACUGCCAGGAACCAGUUUCGAUGACUUCGAACUACUUGAUUGCGUCUUCGGAGUCCCACUAUUCCAUUCCGUUCUGAACGAAAUCAUUUGUCGAAGGAUCAUAUCGCACAGCCUUCUCGAACAAUCCAAGUAAGUCAUAACGUUCUUUUCUUCUUGAUAUAAAUCCAUUGAUUCAGCCGAUCGAAAAUUCAAAGUUCAAAUGAAAAGGUGGUGCAAAUGAUCAAUGAACUGAUCGAAACGUCAAAUAAAGGACUUGUCAAGGUAUUGAGCACACAACCAUCAACAAAAACCGAAAUGAUUUAUUUCCAGAGUUCUCAGCUAUUCGUCGAAGGAGACCAACGCAAUGCGCAAGUUGUGCCACCAGUCCGAGCCGUAGUUUUCGAUUCUAGUCAAACAAAUUGUAUUGCUUUCGGGUUUAUUUGA